AUGAACACAAUAGAAUUAAGUUAUAAGGACUAUGGAAGUGUUUGUACAUUUUCCCCAGACAAUGAUUCGUUGAAUGAAGAAAGCAAUGGUGAGCUGAACAUCUCAGAAAGAAAAAAAAAUUUAAGUGAUAACUUAAGCAAAGAUGAAAAUAAUAAAGUAGAAAAAUAUAUAAAAUUAGAAAAUACAAAAAAAAUAUGGGCAGGAACAAAUGAGAUAAUUUUUUACAAAAAAAAAGAUUUACUUGAAUUAAAUAAAAUAAUUUAUAAAUAUGAUGAUGAUAAAGAAAUUAAUGUUUCUAAUAAUUCAAAAGUUUUAAAUUUAAAUAAUAAUAAUUUAACACAUUUGAACUUUUUAAAUGAUCUAUUAAAUCAUAUAUAUAAACAAAAAAAUUUAGAGUCAUCAAUUAUUUAUUCGAAUAUUAUAUCAUUAGACAUUUCAUUUAAUAAUUUGGCAUUAAUAAAUAAUAAUAUACUUAUGUUAAAUAAUCUUAAAAUUUUAUAUCUCCAUUCUAAUCAAAUUGAGAAUAUUAGUGAAAUACAAAAAUUACAAACCUUAGCAAACUUAAAAAAGUUAACUUUGGAAAACAACCCCCUCGUGAAUAUAUACAAUAAGUUUUAUAGGUCGUUCAUAAUUCAUUAUUUGCCCCAAAUUAAAUCUUUGGAUUUUCAAGAAAUUACAAAAAUUGAGAAAAAUAAAUCAGAAAUUGGAUUUAAUAUGCAUAAAUAUAAAUUUAAUUUGGAAUGA